GACAAGCUGUCCUACGCUCGUCACGGUGCCCGGGCAACGCGGUUCCUGCUACAGGAGGGUGUGCACUCAUCGCUGAGAUGCGGACCGGGACCGCGCGAAGGACGGCCGCUGGAGAUCGUGUUGGUAUGUGUCCGUGGACAGGUCUGCUCAUACUUCGCUCGCUUGGGUGCUUCAUCGUCCACGGCCACAGGGAGCCUGAAUGUUCCCGGGAGCAGUUUUGUCAGGCGUUCGGAGUUCGAGAGCUCACCCGAGUUCGCAGAGGCAGCCGAGUUGGUGCGCAAAGAAUGGGGGCGCUACGUCCUACUUGGAAGGGCCGCUAUGCUUGCCAUGGCGCGCGAGGCCAUUUGGUAUAGCCUGGCCCUGGCAUCCCCCGGUGCUGGCUUAGAUCUCUACGCAGCACCAUGCGCGGAGUGGGUGGAGGCA